AUGAUUUUUGGAUUUAUAGCACAAUUUUGCUAUGUUGGUGCUCAGGUCACAAUUGCCUCCUUUUUUAUCAACUAUGCUACUGAAAAUGCUGAUUUUACGGAUUCUCAAGCAUCAAAACUUUUAUCCUAUGCUCUCAUUACAUUCACUGUUAGCCGCUUUCUUGGUACUGUACUAUCUCAUUUCUUUCAAGCUGAUUUUAUUCUCCUCAUAUAUUCUACAAUUAGUAUUGCCCUUACAAUUAACGUAUCUAUUGGUUAUGGUCGUUCUGCUGUCAUUGUUCUUAUGUCAAUAUAUUUCUUUGAAUCACUUAUGUUUCCAACUAUAUUUGCUAUGGGAACAGCUAAUCUCGGUCGUCAUACUCGUCGUGGAGCUGGUAUUCUUAUUAUGGGAGUCUCCGGUGAUGCUGUCUUUCCUCCAAUUCAAGGUGUUAUAGCUGAUGCACAUUCUACUCGUAUCUCAUUUCUGGUGCCAAUGAUUGGUUUUAUUGUUGUUUUAGCUUAUGCACUCUUUCAUUGGAUCAAACAUGGCUUUAAAGUGAGAUGUGUGCGUUCAACUGUCAAUAACAUUAUCGACGUUCAACCUAAAUUAUCACAUGUAUCGCGACCUACAGAUAUAGUAAAUCAUAUUUUGAGAUCAACACUGAUUUCUCCAGUACCUAAAACAUAUGUUAGAGAAUAUACGAAUGGAACUGUUAUCAUAACAGAGUAUUUCUAA